AUGGUUUCUCAAAUCGCGUGGAUUGGGCUCGGCAACAUGGGGAGGGCAAGGAACCUCCAAAAACCCCUUAUUAUUUACAAUCGAACCAAAGAGAGGUCCGAGGAUCUUGCAAGCACACUUGGUUGGGACAGGACCAGAGUCUUGAACACCGUCAACAGCGUUGUCAACGAAGCAGACAUAAUCUUUCUCUGUCUUGGGGACGACGCCUCUGUAGUCAGCAUUGUUGACAUAAUACUACAAGAAGACGUCGAAGGAAAACUGAUCAUUGACUGCUCCAGCUUGCACCCAGAUACGACAAACGGCCUAGAGAAGCGCAUCACGGCACAGGGAGCUGAGUUCGUUGGAAUGCCCGUCUUCGGACCUCCUGCCAUGGCCGAAAGUGGACAACUUGUCUGUGUCCUUGCUGGCAAGUCUUCGUCUUGCUCUAGAGUCAAGCCCUACAUCAAAGGCGUCAUGGGCCGUGCAGAAAUGAUUGGGAACACCUUCAUCCUGAACAUAGUUAACCAACUCUCCGAAGGCUAUGUCCUCGCUGAGAAGAGCGGGCUUGGCGUGGACAAUCUACACAACUUCGUAGGAGCGGUGUUGCCCGGGCUAUAUAUUGAAUACUCGCAGAGAAUGUUGCAGGGCAGCUAUCACAAGCGAACAGAGCCGUUGUUUCAUGUCGAUCUUGCAAGGAAAGAUGCAAGGCAUGCGAUGAGUCUUGGAGAGAGUAGUGGCGCGCAGGGUAGCUUGAAAUUGCUGAAAGUUGUGCGGGGUAGGCUAGACGUAGUCAAGGCAGAGCUGGGCGACAGAGGAGAUAUCUCUAGUGUGUAUGGAGCUGUCAGGAAUGAAGCUGGAUUAGACUUUAGAAAUAAAGAAUAG